AUGUCCGAAGCAGCGCAAAAGGUAUACAGAGCAUGGCCGAGCGGCCCCCCGACAUAUCACCAGGCCAACUCUGAAGAGUCUCGCAACAUCACGCACGGCGCAGAUUGGAAUUAUUCGCUAUUUGAUUGCUGUUCGCCGGGGUCACUCUGUCUGUCAAGCUGCUGUCUCCCAUGCCUGACAUUUGGAAAAACCCAAGCCCGAGUUAAAAACCCAACACUAGAAAGUUUCAGCUACGUGAAUUCCGAAUGUGCCCUAUUUACCUGCGUCAGCAUGUUCCUGUCCCACUGGAUCCUGCAAACCAUCCGACGCGGUGAGAUGCGCGAGACCUUUGGUAUCCGGGGCUCUUGCUUUGGUGACUGUUGUGCGACUAUGUGCUGCGGUUGCUGUGCUCUAAUCCAGGAAGAAAAGGAAAUGGAGUUGCGGACGAGACCUGAGUUGCUGGGGUAUCAGAAACCGGCGGGGAUGUCGUAUCCCUAG